AUUGUUUGAAUGAAAAAAAUAGAUACCAAGACAAGUUGCCCAAUGUCGACGUUUUCGUGUGCACGGCAGACCCAAUGAUAGAACCACCGGCUAUGGUGAUCAACACGGUUCUUUCAGUCAUGGCAUAUGAGUACUCGCCGGAGAAGCUUAGUGUCUACCUCUCUGAUGAUGCUGGGUCUGAGCUCACAUUCCAUGCUCUCUUAGAGGCGUCUCGUUUUGCAAAAUCUUGGAUACCUUUUUGCAAGAAGUUCAAGGUGGAGCCUAGAUCUCCAGCUGCUUAUUUUAAAGAAGAAUGUAUUGGCCCAAAAGAUGGCCUACAAGCUGCUGAAUGGGAAAAAACAAAGAGCUUGUACACAGAAAUGGAGAACCGAAUCAAUGAUGUUGUGAAAUUUGGGAAGGUGUCAGAAAAUAUUCGCCAACAACAUAGAGGAUUUCUUGAGUGGAACAGGGCUACAACUUCUCAAGAUCACCAAGCCAUUCUCCAUAUUUUAAUUGAUGGGAGAGACAAGAAUGCUAUUGAUGAUGAAGGCUUUACACUGCCCACAUUGGUUUACAUGGCUCGUGAGAAGAGACCCUAUCGCCACCAUAAUUUCAAAGCUGGAGCUAUGAAUUCUCUGUUAAGGGUUUCCUCAGAGAUUAGCAAUGGAGCAGUUAUUCUCAAUGUUGACUGCGAUAUGUAUUCAAACAAUUCAGAAACCGUAAAAGAUGCGUUAUGUUUCUUUAUGGAUGAAGAGAAGGGCCAUGAGAUCGCAUAUGUGCAACUUCCACAGCUGUUCAAUAACAUAACCAAGAAUGACAUUUAUGGCAGUUCACUAGCAUUGGGUUUUAAGGUGGAUUUUCAUGGUUUGGAUGGAUAUGGGGGACCUCCAUAUGUGGGAUCUGGUUGUUUCCACAGAAGAGACUCUCUCUGUGGGAAACAAUUCAAUGAAACUUGUAAAGCAGCAAUUCAAGUAAAAGAUUGGAACAUGGAAGCUAGUGUAUCCACUUUGGAGGAGAGAGCAAAAAGUUUUAUUACCUGCACCUAUGAGGACAACACUGAGUGGGGAAAAGAGGUAUCUCUCCUAUUCCAUCUGUGUUAG